ACAGUUCAGCAGUAACAAGUACUAGCAUCUAGCGCUCUAGUGUCAACUGUGCCCACCCACCCAGCAACAUGUUGAAGUUUGUCCUGAUCAGUGCCGCGUUGGUGGCCACAAUCUGUGCAGCUCCGGCCGAUAACAAGCCGGGCCAGCAGGGCCGUACCGAUGGUCUGGACCAGGCCGAAUCAACCUGGAACAACCCGAACGCGUGGAAUGCACCGAACACCUGGGCCCGGGAUCCGAACUCCUGGAACCACCCGAACUCCUGGAACCAUGCAAACUCCUGGAACCACCCGAAUGCCUGGAUCCGCGGCUACAACAACCGUAAUGACAUGGCCACCGCUCGAGCAGGAUUCGACACGGCUAACCGUUGGGGUGCCGGAGCUGACCAGUGGAACCGCUACGGUGCUGCUGGUGCCGGCUGGAACAACUGGGGAGGACGUGGAGCGGCUGGAGGAUGGCAGGCUGGUGCCGGCGCUGUCGCUAACCGCUGGAACGCUUGGUAGACGGAAACGGCUGGCAAUGCAAUGACCGAGUCAGACACCCGACACCACGAGCUGUUUGCAUGUGCGCGGAUUUGUUCUUGAUUACCAUAUAACCAACUUUUGUACUCCCAAGUAAAAUAAAGAUUUUAUCAGCACC